AUGGAUCCAAGUCAAUUCCUCCAGGAUACCAGAACACACAUUUGCAGCAGAUGCCGACAGCGAUUAUUCGCAAAGACAACAAAUGUCCCAGAAAUCAGAUGCCCAGCAUGCCAAAGUCUUGCUUCUAUCACCAAUACUAAAGCAGAUGGCAGAUUUUCAAGCAUAGUUUCUCAAGUUGUCCAAAAUUUCAAGAAUACGUUUUCACGCAGAUUUUAUCGUCAAGACACCGACACAAAACAACACAACUCACUGAAUUGUAAUCCUUCCCCAUUGAAGUUAUCAUCAUCGAGGACUUCUCGAUCUGAUCAGAGACCAAGAAAACGUGAACUGCUUAUCGGAGUCACUUACAAGAACGACGACGACAAGCUAACGGGAACUGUUAAUGAUGUCAAGAACAUGAGAAGUUUGUUGAUCGAUUAUUUCAGUUUUCAUCCACAGAACAUCCUCGUCCUUACAGAAGAAGAGACAGACCCUACGCUGAUUCCGACAAAGAAAAACAUCGAGAUAUCCUUAAAAUGGCUGGUAAAGGAUUGCCGGGCUGGUGACUCACUGGUGUUUUAUUUUUCCGGCCAUGGCUCCCAAGAACCUGAUUUGAAUUUGGAUGAACAUGAUGGAUUUGAUGAAAGUAUUUGUCCAGUUGAUUACACGACAGAAGGGAUGAUUACUGAUAAUUAUAUUAAUACCACCAUUGUAUGGCCACUUCCUAAAGGAGUCACUCUUCAUGCUAUUGUUGAUGCUUGUCACAGCGGAACUAUCCUCGAUCUUGUUCAUGUUUACGACAGACAAUGGAAAUGGGAAGAUAAUAGACCUCCAAAUGGUAAAAGAAAACAUACGAAGGGUGGAUUAGCAAUUUCUAUCAGUGCUUGUGAAGAUGACCAAACUGCUCAGGAUACCAAGGUUUUCACGAGGAAAGGAACAAAUGGUGUUCUGACUUAUAUUUUAGUAGAAAUUGUGAAGAGAUGUCCAGGUCCGACAUACGGUGAUCUACUCGAUCUCAUACAUGAAGCCAUUGAUGGCGUCAAUAACAGUGGAGGCUAUUUUUCAAGAUUCUUAAGAGUAAAGUUUAACGACAUGAUAUUACAGAAACCUCAACUUUCAGCUUCAGAAGCAUUUGAUGUUAAGAAGAAACAUUUUAUUUUAUGA